AUGAACCUACGUGCAGAGCAGUAUAUGAGCAGCAUAUGUAGCACUAUAUCAGCCAACGCAGAAGCUUCAUACGACUUCAGUAGCAACGAUCCGUUCCCAUACCCGCGUUAUACGGACGACUGGUUCAACAGUCAUGGAACGAGGUGCGCGGGCGAGGUGGCGGCCGCGCGGGACAACGGCGUGUGUGGUGUCGGAGUCGCCUACCACUCCAAAGUUGCUGGUAUCCGAAUGUUAGACCAGCCUUACAUGACGGAUCUCAUCGAAGCGAACUCCAUGGGGCACGAGCCUCAUAAGAUCCACAUCUACAGCGCGUCGUGGGGCCCCACAGACGACGGGCGGACGGUCGACGGGCCCCGGAACGCUACCAUGAGGGCCAUUGUCAGAGGGGUUAAUGAGGGUCGCAACGGCCUAGGCAAUAUUUACGUGUGGGCGAGCGGCGAUGGGGGGGAAGACGACGACUGCAACUGCGAUGGAUACGCGGCCUCCAUGUGGACUGUCUCUAUCAACAGUGCGAUCAACGACGGCCAAAACGCGCAUUACGACGAAUCCUGCUCCUCAACCUUGGCUAGCACGUUCAGCAACGGCGCCCGAGACCCCAGCACGGGAGUAGCUACCACUGACCUCUACGGAAAAUGCACUGCGACUCACUCUGGCACGUCAGCUGCUGCCCCUGAAGCAGCUGGAGUGUUUGCCCUGGCGCUACAUGCCAACCCGAGCUUAACAUGGCGAGACAUUCAACAUCUGACCGUUUUAACAUCGAAGAGGAACUCGCUGUAUGAUGCUAAGGGUCGUUUCCAAUGGACGAUGAACGGAGUGGGGCUGGAGUUCAACCACCUCUUCGGCUUCGGAGUGCUAGAUGCGGGCGCCAUGACAGCUCUCGCGGCCAACUGGCGGUCCGUGCCGCCGCGGUACCAUUGUGAAGCCGGUUCUGUUAAUACUCAUACCGAGGUGCCAUCCGAAGGUAGCAUAACGUUGAAGAUCGAUACCACGGCCUGCGCAGGAUCACCCAGCGAGGUGCGGUAUUUGGAGCACGUGCAGGCGGUGGUCAGUGCCAACUCCACACGGCGAGGAGACCUGGAGCUGUUCCUUACGAGCCCUAUGAAUACAAAGUCAAUGAUCCUGAGCAGGCGCGCCAACGAUGACGACUCGCGGGACGGGUUCACCAAGUGGCCUUUCAUGACCACGCACACGUGGGGGGAGUAUCCGCAGGGCGUUUGGACUCUUGAGGCCCGUUUCAACGGCGGUUCAGGCCCCAGCUCCGCAUCAGGCUGGGUGCGAGGCUGGUCACUAGUGCUGCACGGCACCCGCGCGCCGCCCUACGCUCAGCUCCAAGCGCAGGACCCGCACUCCAAGCUCGCCAUCGUCAAGAAGGCCCAUGAGGACAACACUAACAACUAAGCGAUCGGAGGAACGCGGUUUUCCAUUGAGAACUUGUGAACGAGCAACAUUUGUCUCAGUUCGGUCAACAACUAGGAUUGAUCAGCAUGAUUUCAGGCAAUGUUAGUUGGACUUAAGUCCAAGUAACAUCGCACUCGGAUACAUUUGGGGACAAAAUGAACCAGCUCGAUUUUCAUGAGGCUGCAAUGUUGCCCAGUACAUUUGCGGUGCAUAAUAAGAUGUUCACUGCUGCAAGCUGCCGAUCUAAGAGCGAGCGCACGUCAUUUUUUUGUAACGUUUACGUAUUAAUGAGCGUUGUGGCCCUUUUGUCCCCUAGGUAUAUUGAAGGUUUAAGAACGAGGUUGAAGACUAAUAACAAACUAUUGCUGAAAAUUCUUCGAAGUCAACUAUAAAAAUGUUGCUUGUUUAUGACCUUUUACCGGCACCAGCGAUGGCGUGAAUGAAACAAAGUAGAGACACGGUGAAAGGAAUAAUAUUGCAACCAGAUUUUCCAAGGGUUCGGUGAUGACUACACUCAGCAUUUUGACGAGCCAUCGCUGGUGCUGGCAAUGGAAAACGCUAGAAAAGUGAGCGGGGUACCAUUUUAACCAUUUUAAAGUAAUUGAGGCCAAUAACCGAGCCGAUAAGUAUUUUUGGCUCCUUAAUAACUUAUGAUAAAUGCAUUUAGCGGGGUAUUUCAAGUCUAGUUGCCAUAAUACAGGCUCUGUUCGUUCGGGGCUAGUUAUUUGGCUCUUGGUUGGAAUAAUUUAAGUUGUAACUUGAAGGUAGGUACUUCGUCAGCUGCUACUACAGGUAACCCGCAAAUUCAAGAGUUAAGGGUUCGUCUUCCAUACAAUAUUAAUGGUCUACUAGACUAUUACGUAUGGACCAUUGAUUGUUUUUUCUUGAUAGUAAUGUAAAAGUACCAUCAACAUGAACGGAACUGUAUGGUAGCAGCUGUUAACUUAGUUUCUUCAAAAAAGUGAGAGCCUUUACAAAAUAUAGCAAGUUAUUUUUAAAACAUAACUAAUGAGAUAAUAAAGUUAAAGAGAACAGAGAAGAGGUAGAGAAAAGAAGACUCGACGACGACGACGAGUCAGAUCUGAAGAAAUUGGGCAUUCAUCGAAUUUAUAUGGAAUGAGGAAGUAUUGUUUUUUAUUACAGCAGGGAUGAGGCCUUCCCUGAAGGUAAUGAAAUUCAUAAUUUCAGACCUGGGAAUGAAAGAAUGCUUGAAAAAUUUGAAGUUGUUUUACAAAAUGGUGCCCCGAUCACGUCUCCUAAAUUUUACUUGUGUAUCGUUAUGUUGGAAAUUGAAUUUAUUCCCAGUCGAUUCAAAGAUGACUUUUGUCUAGCUAGUGGAUAGUCUGUUAAUGCUUGAGUAUUCAGCAAAAAGAGACAAAACAUACAAAAAUAGUGACGUCGUCUAGGCAAAAGAUAUCUGUUAGUGAAGGAAUGGAAAGAUCUGAUUGGGAUUUAUCGAUACGACUUGACGAGAUGAAACUUUUCCGACAUCCCUAACUAAACUAAAAUCUUGGCAAGCUUUUGGUUUUUUAGGGAAACAUGUUGCAUGUAUGAUACGGUGAGCGUACCGAGAAAUGAUUGGUCUAACAAAUAAGUAUUUUUUCUGCUAUCCCACCCAAUUGAAUUUAUUCAAAAAAGUUUGGCCUUCCAUUUCUUGGUCGAUUUUAAAAAAUAGCACUAGAUAUUGCAAAUCUGAUACAGAUUUUGAUAGUAUAUUCGUUGGUUUGUAAUUUCUAUUUAUUAAAUGAAAUUCGAUGCGACCUAAGUUACUUCAUAAUGUAAGCAUUUGUGAUAUCUACUGCAUUGAAUAUGUACUUAAUCAUCAUUUACUAACUUUUCCAUUGUUUAGUUAUGUUUUCAUAGUUUCAGAUAUUUUUUCAUUAUUUUUAGAACUGUGAAGUAUCAGAAUUCGAAUUCUAGGUUGGAGUAAUUCGUUCUGCUACCGAAGUUUUAGGUUCAAAGUUUUCUGGUAUUUUUGAAAUUAAUUUGCAUUAUGUACAGUUAAGAGAAAAAUAUUUUUCAUUGUUUUAAAUACGUAUCAAAUAUGAUACGUGCUGUCUUUUUUAAUAAUUUAUGAAAUGAUACCUAGUACAAAACUACAUUUUGUUUAAACUUAUUACGUACUUUUUAGGUUCUUUUUGUUUUACCGUUUACUUACUCUAAUAGAACAUUGUUAAGUUUCCGUAAAUAUUAACAGAAUAGAUAACUGCGAAAAGAAUUUUUAUUAUACGGGUAAACAUUAUUAUUUAUCUCGUUUAUAUCUACUUCAUAAUGAUAAAGAGCACACUUAUUUAUGUGGCACAUUUAUAAAAAAAAAUGUAAGCGUGAUUAAUUUUGAUAGAAAGCAUUAAAGCCAAAACCAUUUAUUUUUGUAACUAGUUUUGUAACAGUGAAUUUUGUUCAUCGUAAAUUAAUUAAAAAAUCUGUGUCGUUAACCAUAUUCAGGUAACAUAUCAAAUAAUAACAUGAUCAGUACUUGUAUUUGUGGAUUCAAGAGUUGGGCAGGAUUUGUAAUAACUUUGUAUUCAUUUGUUCUCAGAGAAACAUAGAUCAUGAUGAAUAUACCUAGUUUCGUAUUUUUUAUACAUUACCAAUUCAUUUAUUAUUUGUAAUAUUGAUGUUUUGUCUCAUGAAUAGAUUUUCACACACGUUCCGCAUUUAACCACCAAAAUCAUUAAGUACAAGAAAUAUUUUAAUUAUAAGUUCAUUAUUUUUCAAAUGAGUUUCAUUUAACCCAGCUAAAUGAAGUUCAUUUGAUUUAAAUUUAGUUUUAUUUAAUAUUUUGUAUCAUCAGUGUGAGCUGGUAGGUACAUCAUUAGAUUAAUACAAAGAAUAUAUUAGAAGAUUUAUCGUUACUGAAUAAGAUAAAAUAAAGGUUUAUAAUAACACUUAAAAACUUCCUUUUGGGCCCAGUAACACUGAAUACGAUUAUUUAAUUACGGGAUCUUUAUAUCUAUUUUCUUAAAGAGAUCAAUUUAUUAUUAAAUACAUAAAUCAAACAUUUUAUUGCGUUUUCAAUUCCAAGUUUUCCAAUUAUGAUACGUGGGCAUAAGAGUAGGCUUCAAACGGUUAG